AUGCAGCUCUCGGUGGAUGAGUUCGUUGCGGAAACUCUCGACGACUAUAACAGUCCAACCACCUCGCAGUUUGUCAACCGUAUCAAUGACUGCCGACAGACGGUCGCGAACCUCGAAGAGUCGUUGGACUUCGACAGAGAUGGUCUCUCCAAACUCAAGAAAGCCAUCAAAGCGGUUUACAAUUCAGGUACAACCCACGUGGAUAAUGAUCUCUACCUUUCGAAGGCUCUCGAGAAGUUGGGUAGUCAUGCCAUGAGCCGUGAAGGCGAGCCGGAAAUCGGCGCUGCUUUCAUCAAGUUCUCGAUUGUGGCCCGGGAAGUUUCUUCACUCAUGAAGACGCUCAUGCAAAACCUUCACAAUAUCAUCAUGUUCCCGGUCGACAAUCUGCUCAAAGGAGAUCUUCGGGGCGUAAAAGGUGAUCUGAAGCGACCGGUCGACAAGGCGUUUGCCGAUUACGAUCGAAAAGUGACCAAAAUCGAAAAAGAGAAGAAGGCUAUUGCAAAAGAAGCUGGAAUGAUCCGAACUGAGAUCACCGGAGCAGACCUUGCCGAGGAGAUGGAGAAAGAGCGCCGUUGCUUCCAAUUGCAAAUGUGCGAAUAUCUCCUCCGUGUCAACGAAGUGAAAACACGAAAAGGCGUCGAACUGCUCCAGCAUCUCGUGGAAUUCUAUCACGCUCAGAAUUCGUUUUUCCAGGACGGUAUCAAAACCAUCGGGCAUUUCCAGCAGUAUGUGAAUGAGUUGUCCCAGAAACUUCAGACCAUGAAGGCCAAGCAAGACGACGAACGAAAGAAGCUUCUGGAGCUCAAGAACACACUCAAGAACUGCACGCCGUCUCAAUUGAGUCUCGACGCUUCGCUGAACUCCCACGGCUCCGGCGGAACUCUCGGUGGGGCCGCUACGGGUCAAGACAGUAAUUCCAACAACACGACGCAGAGCGGCUAUUCUCUCCAUCAGCUCCAAGGGAAUCAACACUACGGAACAACGAAAAGCGGGUAUCUGUCGAAGAAGAGCGAUGGAAAAAUGCGUCGAGUCUGGCAGAAACGGCGAUGCGAAAUUGUAGACGGCUACCUCUGCAUAUAUCACUCGGACGAAACCAAACCUCCCACGAAGCUCAACCUACUUACAUGCCAACUGAAACUGCCCAAUGAUGAGAGGCGAUGUUUCGAUCUCGUUUCAUAUAACCGGACCUAUCACUUCCAAGCCGAAGAUGACGCUGACCUCGAGGCUUGGAAAGCCGUUUUGCUCAAUUGUAAAGAAGGUGCUCUGCGUAAGGCGUUCAGCGAUUCGGCCGGUGGGGCCGAACUACGCGAGCAAUUAAUCCGUCAGGUGCAGAGUCUGCCCGGCAACGAUCGCUGCGUCGAUUGCAGCUCCAAUAAAGACGUCACCUGGCUUUCAAUCAACUUCGGCAUUAUCACUUGCAUCGAAUGCAGCGGCGUUCACAGGGAGCUGGGAGUCCACAUAUCUCGAAUACAAUCGCUGACUCUGGACAACUUGGGCACAUCCCAACUUCUGCUGGCCCGAGUCAUGGGAAACAACGCUUUCAACGAGAUCAUGGAAGCCACCCUGGGGAAUGUCAAUCGUCCCACGCAAGCUUCGAACAUGGAAGAACGCUCGGAGUACAUCCGCGCGAAAUACAUGGACAAGAAAUUCGUCUUGAGGACCUGCUCAACAAUGCUCGAUAUUCUACAGGACACUGAACAGGCCAUCCAAACUAGGUCUAUUUACCAAUUACUCCAAACAUGUGUCGAGGGCGCGGAUUACACGUUACCACUCCCCGGCUAUCAGAGCACCGGCGAUACAGCUCUACACGUCGCAGUUCGUCAGGUGAGACGGAAGAGCAGCGUGAGGUUGCGCGGGCUGAAAGGCGUGAAAUCGGUCGUAUUGCCGGGUUACGAGGACGGCACGUCUUUGCAUCUCGUGGACUUCUUAGUGCAGAACGGCAACUGUAUCGACGUGACGAACAAAGACGGUUGUACACCCUUGCAUACAGCGGUGCUCCACAGGCAAACUGAAUGCAUAAAGCUCUUGUUGAAAAGCGGGGCUAAGCUCACCGGACGGAACAGCGAGGGGAAAACACCUGCGGAUAUCGCGAAGGAGAAAGGAUACGAGAAAUGUUUGGAGCUCAUUGAUCACGCGGCCGAAAACAAGAAAUCCUUGUUCGAGAACGUCAACCUCGAUUUCGGCAGUUUACAACCCCCAACGCACGCGGACGACGGGUCAACGGACUUUUCCGACGACGACUACGCAGAAGAAAAGCUAUCAGAUUGGCGAGCUCGAGGAUCAAGGCCCGCGUCCGUAAUAUCGACCGAUCUGAUGCGAGCUGAAUCCCCGAUGAGCAGGAAGAAAGCCCCUCCAACAGGCGGUAUAACUCCUGGCUCAGUGAAGAAACGAACAGCUCCCAAUCCUCCGCUUCAGCUGUAUUCCACGCCAAAUCACAAUCGCACCCCGUCUGACCCGAUGUUCACGCCCGGCCAAUUACCGUCGUCGACACCUGCUUCCAGCACCACUUCAGCCAGUUCCUCAAUUCAAGGCUCAGUACCACAUAAACGCAACCUCUCAAUGGACGUAGGUGGAUCAGGAGGCCCCAGUUUGUUAGACGAAAUCACCUCGACCCUUGGACGGAGCUCAGUACAAAGGCCGAAGUGCCCACCGCCUCCUAAGCCUCCUGUGAACGGUGCGAAGCCGGAAUCCGCGGUCACCUAUAAGAGAUGCAGAGCGCUCUAUAACUGCAGCGCAGAUGCCGAUGACGAGUUGUCCUUCAAGGAAGGCGACAUAAUUCUGAUAACUAAAGAAAAACCGAAGAUCAAGAUUGGAUGGAAGGCAUGCUCCAAUCCGGGGAUGGAAAGCGGGCUUUGUUCCCUGUUUCGUUUGUAGAUAUGAUCGACUGAGAUUGAAACUUUAGAUGAAGAGAAACAUCGUGUACAGGGAAGAAGGCUUCCUCUACCUAGACAACAAAAAAAAGACGAGGGCCAGGUUGAGCAUGUCUGAGAUAGUUGAACCACGUAACGAAAAUACUACCGAGGGCUAGCUUACUUAUAGUGUUACGGAUCUUUUAUCUAGUCUUAGUCC